AGGUGCUGUCCCCACCACGGCAGCCCCCAGAGCCCGGGCCAGAGGGGAGCCAUGGACAGGCCCCGGGCCCUGGGCCUGCUCUUGGCGCUGCUGACUCUCUGCAUCACUGCUGGGACUCCUGAGGUGUGGGUGCAGGUUCAGAUGGAGGCCACUGGGUCCCCAUCCUUCACUGUCCGCUGUGGAUUCCUGGGAUCUGGCUCUAUCUCCCUGGUGACUGUGAGCUACGGGGGCCCCGAUGGUGCCGGAGGGACCAUGCUGGCUGUGUUGCACCCAAAAUUCGGCACCCAACACUGGAACCCUGCCUGCCGGGCGCACUGGGAAACCAGAACCAGCAUCUCCCUCACCUUGGAAGGGUCCGAGGGGAGAAGCUCCAGUCCCAACACCACCUUCUGCUGCAAGUUUACUUCCUUCCCCGAGGGCUCCCAGGAGGCCUGUGGGAACCUCUCCCUCAACCCAGACCAAGGGCUCCCUGCUCCUACUCCAGCCACCAUACUGCGAGCUGACCUGGCUGGGAUCUUGGGGGUCUCAGGGGUCCUUCUCUUUGGCUGCGUCUACCUCCUCUACCUCCUGCGUCGGCAAAGGCACUGGUCUGUCAUGAAGCUUCAGCCACUCAGACACAGCAGCCCCCAGACACAGAGGAGAGCAAGUGCAGCCGGCCAAGCCUCCCUGACCUCUCUCCACAUCCCCUACGCCACCAUCAACACCAGCUACUUCAGCCCGGCAACUCUGCACCGGGUCCUCCCACCCCAGCCCCUGCCUGGGUGGGUGCCGCUCCCCAGCCAGAGCCCUGUCCCCUGGGCACCCCUGCCGGCCUCCGCUCGCAGCAGCUUCAUCUCUGUUGAGAACCGACUCUACGCUCAAGCAGAAAAGGGGCCUCUCCACGCCGGCACCGACCUCAUCCCGCUCCCGGACUGUCUGGGGCGCAGAGCCAUGGAGGGGCGUUAGGAGUUCGAUGAGAGGGACCCCAAGUCCACUGUGCCUUUCUCCUCUCCUGGGCCCCU